UAAACAUAUGCAAGUUGUCAAAAAAUUCAAAGUGGAAACAUUUUGCACAAAGAAAAAGCACUUUCCCACGAAAUUUCAUUGAAAAUGUCAAAAGACCCACCUUUCAUUUACCAAAUUCUACGUUAAAUUCGUCUCUUUCACAGUUUCACCCCUUGCAUACUUUCAAAGAAACACAAAGAACAAGAGAAAAGCAAGAAAAAAGAAUAUGGGGUGGACAUGGAAGGAAUCACACUUAGACUUAUUUUUGGUGCCAUUAGGGUUACUAAUCAUGUGUAUCUAUCAUCUAAUCCUUCUCUACAGAUACCAUAUCAUUCCCGAAACCACAACAAUCGGGUUUGAAAACCAUAAUAAAAGUGCAUGGGUUGAGAAAAUGCUUCAGAUUGAAACUAGAGAUAGAGGGUUUGCUGUAUCGGUCCUUAGUAGUAACUUAAAUGGAGCAAUCUCUUUGGCUUCAAUUUCUUUAGUUUUAUGUUCUCUUAUCGGAGCUCUACUUGGAGGUUCUUCCACAAACUUCUUCACAAGCCAUUUUAUCUAUGGGGAUAAAAGUCACACCACUAGGUCAAUAAAGUACAUCUCCAUAAUAACUUUCUUCUUGUUAGCAUUUGCAUGUUUUGUACAAACCACACGACAUUUUGUGCAUGCUAGUUUCCUCAUUAGCAUGCCUAAAGGUGAUGUUCCUAUGAAAUAUAUCCAAAAGGCAUUGAUACGAGGAAGUAUCUUUUGGCUUGUUGGAUUGCGUGUGCUCUAUAUUUCAGGGACUUUGGUUUUAUGGAUCUUUGGUCCAAUUCCAAUGCUUGUUUCAUCGGUAGUUUUAGUUGUACUUUGGCAUUUUUUGGAUACUAAUAAAGAUGAAAUGAUUCGGUAUCAAUCGAACCAUAAUGGUGGCAACUUUUUGAGGAAUAAUAAUAUCGGUAGCUUUUGACUAUGGUGGAAGGUCAAAGAGAGAAGAAACAAUCCCGCUAGAGUCUCAAGGAAGAUGAGUUUCACUUGGGUCCUAUCUUAUUUGUUAGUUGAUUUGGUUGAUAAAUAUUUCUGUAUCUUUUAAGAUGAAUAAUGUUCCUAAGUGUAAUGUAUGUAUAAAAAGGAUUUGGCAAUGAAAUUAUAACAUAGAAC